GCAUCCAGAGCCAUACACCUUGAACCGGUAGAUGAUUGUUCAUCAUCCGAAGUAUUAAAAGCGUUACGAAAUUUCGCCGCCAUUCGUGGAUGUCCAUCUGUAAUAUAUUCAGAUAACGGAUCAAAUUUUAAAAAGCUAGGCAAACUAUUAAACAGUUGUUUGAAUCAGAUCAAAAUCGAAUGGCACUUUACAACGCCUUAUAGUCCUCAUCGUGGUGGUGCAUGGGAAGCAUUAAUUAAAUCUACAAAACGUGCGUUGUACGGAAUUGUAUGGCGAAAAGAUUUAACUGCGGAAAAUUUCCGUACAAUAUUAUAUGAAUUGGCAGCUAUCAUCAAUUCGAGACCGAUAGCAUCGAUCGACAAUACGAUUCUAACGCCUAAUAAACUAAUUUAUGGAGCAGAAAUAAGAAGACCACCACAACCACCGUACAAAUCUGACACGAAAAUGGACCUCUUGACCGAAUGGAGAAGUAAACAACGUGAUAUAAAUUCUGCCUGGAAAGUCUGGUUAGAUUUGUAUCUUAAACAACUACGUAAUUUUCAUAAAUUUUCAACAAAGUAUGAACAUUCCAAAGUCGGCGAUUAUGUAUUGAUAAAAGAUAGUCGCUAUGGAAAAGAAAAAUGGCCAACAGGAAAAAUUGUUGAAACAAUACCGGAUACUAAUGGAAUAAUUCGCACUUAUCGUGUCCAGGUUGGCGAUGAUAUCAUGACAAGAAACAAUCGAGAUAUAUACCCACUCGAAGGGGGGAGAAAUUGGUGCGAAAUGUGAAACAGAAACGCGCGAAGAAAUGUCAACCGUUUUCGCGAUAAAGAUCUUCAACUGUCAAAACACGAAUAAAACACGCGAUAUAAUAAAGACCGCCCAUAA